AUGAAGGUGGAGAAGAUCAGGCAAAUAGUGCAGCUGAAGCAGGUCAUGCGGCGGUGGCGGGCGCUCAGCCUUCGCCGCCUCGUCGGCGAUCCGCCCCCGGGCUUCCUAGCCGUCUACGUGGGGCCGGAUCGACAGCGCUUCGUGAUCCCCACCCGGUUCCUGAACCUCCCGGUCUUCGCCGCCUUCCUCCGGAGCGCGGAGGAGGAGUACGGUUUCCCUGGGCCCGCCCCGGGGGGCCUCGCCCUCCCCAGCGACCCGGCCUUCUUCCGCUGCGUCCUCGACGCCCUCCACCGCGACGAGGCCCGCUUCGGCCGCUUUACCCUCGACGCCUUUCUCGUGCUCUUCGCCGACCACGGCCCUGCCGCCGCCGCCGUCGCUUCCUCGCCUUGCCGCGACUCCUCCUCGUACAACAGGCCUCUCCUCCCCAAAACCAAGGCUCGAUGA